UCCACAAGCCAACAGAAGUCUCGUCUAUUCAAGAUGGCGCCAUUGAAAUUCCAAAUCUUUGUAAUUCUCGCAUCACUUUUCGCCAACAACUGCCAAGAACUCAUCGUAGAAACUUCAGAAACCAACUCACCACAACCGGCAAUCAUCACAGAAGACGUACCGACGCCAGAAGAAGCCGCAGACACCCCCACAGAGAACGCAACUUCAAUACAACAAAGUGAACCCGUAGCAGAGACGAACCAGACGUCACCCAAAAACGAAUCAAGUCAUAUCUCUUGCGUAACGAGGACGCUGGAACCAGACGAAAAUAACACGCUCGUACUUAUCAACGGCACAACUUUGCUGCAGAUACUGACACCUCCUGUAAAUCGUACAAAUGCUUCGGCUGGAGAUUGCGUUAUCGUUACGUUUUUCUCGCCGUACUGCGUGUUUUCCGCAAGGACCGCACCGUACGUGAACGCCAUACCUGCCGCAUUCUCGAGUAUACGUUUUUUCGCGGUCGACGUCGUGAAGUCAAAUCAGCUGAACAUGCGUUACGGCUUGGUUGCAGUACCGAGUAUUCUGCUUUUCCAUAACGGCCGUGCGAUUGCAAAAUUCAACGACACCCACCCAUCCAUCGAAGGUCUAGCGGCCUUCAUUAACAAGCACACACGUCUAGCUCCUGAACGAGAAGUCGAUCCAUUGCCGGGAGGGCCUAUCCCGGACGUGGCCCUCAAGUCGAUAGAUUGGGUUCUUUUAGCUGCUUGGGUUUUUACGAUUCUGUGUUUCCUAUGCACGUUCCUCAAGUCAAGUUACUGGAAGAAGAUAUCGACUAGUGUUCAGACCGCGUGGCGAGAGGCACAGCAUGAGCACGAGGAUUAAGACUGCUCUGGCAACUGUGUGCAUUGGGACUCGGAAAGGCGAGACAACGAGCAGCUCUCAAGGAUGGUAGAUGUCGGGACUGCGCUUGUUUGCAGCCAAGUUGUGAAUAAGCGGCUUUGUAAUCUUGCAGUUACCUGUAUUGCAAGAAUGUGUACAGCGUUAAAAGUGAUAGUGUACAGAGAUGGUAAAAGCAUGGACAGCGGAAACUAUGCGCUCUGAGGAAAACGAACGGCAGUUUCUGUGUAAUAAAUGUAUUUCCAUUCACAAUAACGUUCCAUUCUAAGGCGAUGCCACUUUAGAUAAGUGACUAUACAGUGCAUCAGUGCAAUAAAUAACAAAAAAUCAUUCCACCUGCUCGAAGCAAGGAUGCGUGAGGACAGAAUCAAUAAGGUGGUAAAAGCGGUGAGAGAUUGCAAAUCACAUUGCAUCAAAGUGAAACUGCUGCCUCUCCUGAUGCUUCACACGGCGGUCUUCCCUCCUUUCGACCCAAUGGAAUCCGCAGAUGAUGAGGGCACAGAUGACGCAUGUGCCUGCCAGGGCUACAAACGUCAUUAACACCUGCGAAAGAAAUAAAUGAAAAUGCUGGGUAAAUUA